CUUACUGUUGCAGUAAGUGUGUGAAGUUCACGACACCUCAAACUCAUCUGACGCUUAUAAUGCACAAUAACUUUAAUGCUGUGUGUGUAAACAAACUUUCGAAAACAAGUACGCGUACCGAAUACGCAUUUAAACCUCAAUGUCAAGGUUUCUUCGAGCAGUUAGAAACGACAUACCAGAAAAGGACAAAUCGGAACUAUCGGAAAAUAACUUGGAAAAAAUGGGGACUAGGAGGUGUGCGAGUUGUUGAGCGAUUCUUCUAAUAAAUGUUCAAAGAAACGCUGCAAAGUAUUUGUGUAGUCAUUAGAAAUAUGUGUUACUCUUCAUGACAAUUUCUUUCAAACAUUUCAUAACCUAAACAAAUUAAGAGUUUGUGUUGGGCCCUAUGGACUGCGCCCAUGCAUAUAGUGGCUGUGUUAUAAACCUCACAGCAUGUUUGGCGCGUUUCAUGUGGCAGUGAAAAUUUGUACACUCGUUUAUGGUUUGAUUAAAACUUUAUUACCAAAAAUAUUGCAAACCUGAAUUCAUUUGAGAUCGUAUCAAGUGGAUGGAGUGAGGUGGCUCACACAGUGUAUGAAGAACCAGCAAGGCUGCAUCCUUGGUGAUGAAAUGGGUCUGGGCAAGACCUGUCAGACCAUCUCUUUGCUGCAUAUGCUCGAGGAUGCUUUAAGAUGAAUGGGCCAUUUCUAGUGGUGUGUUUUGGAGAACUGGAGACAAGAGUAAGAACGUUUUUGUCCCAGUCUUUCUGUGAUCUGUUACACUGGUAAUAAAGAGAGAAGGGCAGAGCUCCAGAAAGAACUCGGGAAUGACAGACACUUCCAUGUUCUUGUCACCACCUAUGAGUUUACAGUGGGCUUUCGAGUGCUUUUGACAGGAACUCCCAUUCAGAAUAACUUGCAAGAAGUGUAUUCCCUACUCACCUUCAUCCAGCCCAGUCUGUUUUCCCCUGACGACACAGAGGACUUUGUUGGCACCUACGCAGAUGUACAGACUGAACUCUAGGUUACAGUUACGAGUGACUGGAUGGCUCAGUCCUCAGGGAGGAACGUAACCUUGCUAUCAAAAAUUUCAGCACCAAAGAUGUUUCAUAUUUCUCCUCGGCACCAAAACUGGUGGGGUUGGAAUGAACCUGACUGUAGCAGAUACUGUGAUCUUUGUGGACAGCGACUUAAACCCACAGAAUGACCUCCAAGCAGCUGCCCGAGCACAUAGGAUUGGCCAAACAAUGUAAUGCUCAGGAAUCAUCUAGUUUUAAAAGGCUGUUAAAGUGAUACGACUGUUAGGUAGAGAUACAGUAGAGGAGAUCAUAUAUUCCCGUGCUGUGUCUAAACUGCGUCUCACAAACACAGUGAUUGAGGGGGGACGUUUUUCUCUGUUGGACCAGGCUCAGUCUGCAGCCUCUGGCCUUCAGCUGUGUGAGAUCCUAAAGUUUGGUGUGGAUAAACUGCUGUCAUCAGAGGAGAGCUCCAUCUAAGAUGUGGACCUCAGGCUGAUCCUGGGACAUUCUCGAGAUGGACAAUGGCUGACAGAAGAAGAGCAUGUCAAACUUAAUGAGAGUGAUGAAGAGGAAGAGGAGGACAUUGAGGGUCAAAAGCCUCGACGGGAGUGAUUUCUCAAGACUUCUAUUUCAGUGAUAUUUGUCAGACCACAUGUACUACUUUGAGGGGAAGGACUACUCUAAAGACCCCAGUGCAGAAGACGAGAAGACCUUUGAGCUGUUACUUCAGAAGCAAUUAGCUGAGCUCGAGGAUGCCAGGAAAGAGGGCCGCACACUCCAUAACAAAGCCGGGAUAAAUUAAUCAUUUAAAGAGAGCUAUAGUGUGAAUGAAAGAGCUAUAGUGUAAAUGGGCCGAUAUUUGUUUUUUGCUUUUUUUAUUUUUUAUUAUGAAGCGCUGUGACGUGCUCCUCGAUCUUCCUCUGAAGCACAUACUGUAUUAUAUCAGCCUGGAUCAAAACUGUGUACCUCUGACUCACACAUUUUAUUUGUGAAUAUUAAUGUCAUAUUCUCUGUGCACUGGAAAUACAGUUACAGUAAUUCUGUCUUUUUGUGAGAAAAUCCGAUUGCCAAUGCACACUUACAGUCCGUGGUUGCUGGACUACUGUGUGUGCUAUUUUGUUUCCUUUUUAUUAAUAUGUUUUAACAAUCAUGUGUGAACAAAUUAUUAAAAAGAAGCUACCUAUUUUUUUUAAGUUGCUUAUUAUGUAUUUUCUAUUUUUAUUCAGUUAAAUGGAUAGUUCACACAAAAAUGAAAAUGUGUGAUGUACUAAUCCUCAUUUUGUUCCAAACAUGUACAAAUUACUUUCUAACAUGGAACACAAAAGGAGAUGUUAGGGAGAAUGUUAGCCUCAGUCACUGUUCACUUUCAUUGUAUGGAAAAAAGAUGCAAUGAAAGUAAAUGGUGACCGAGGCUAACAUUUCACUAAAAAUAGAAAGUCAUACUGGUUUGGAACAACAUGAGAGUAAAUGGUAUUAAAUGAGGACAGAAUUUUCAUGUUCAGGUGAACUAUCUUAUUAACUUCCCAUUAAUUUGGCUUGGUGUGUUCUUUGUGUGUUUUUUUUGUUUGGUGUAGAUGAUUCUGGGACACUGGGGGAGAGGAAGACUGUUUGCUGCUCUUGAAAUCAGAUCAGAUGAACCGAGGAAGCAGUAUGACUUAGCUGGUGACAUGAAAGAUUUAGAGCUCGGGAAUGUUUUGUCGUCAAUCCUGUUGGACUAUCUGGCACUCAUAGUUGCCCAGCAGAGAGAAAAAGCCAAAAACUUGUCAGGCAUUUGGCUCACUUUCUUGGAGGAGGGCCUCAAGAAGAUCUUUAGAGAUGCCAAACAAAAGAAGGUGUCCAUCUGCCAUGGAUUGGUCACUCCACUAAAGGCUUCAACUGGUACAGUACUGAGAGACUCAUUUGCAAGCACCUUGCCUCCAGAGGCAUCUCCACAUUUGUCCAUUAUUAUAGGCGAGCCACUUCUACUGCUUCCACCACACAUACAACUGCACCAUCUACCUUACACUCAGCCUGUGACCCAUCAGCAUCCUCAUCACCUGGGUCCCCACACUCCUCAAGUCCCCAAGGUAAUGGUGAAGACCCAACACCAAAGUCACCAAAGUGCUCCACAGAGUCACAAGAAUGUCAAAGUUCACCAGGGUUGGCUGACUUCAUGAGAGGCGUUCAUGUCUUCUUCUACAGUAUGGCUGCUACAGAGAAAAAGAAGCUCGCCCGCUACCUCAUCACAUAUCCUUUCAUGUAUGUUCAGAACGGAGAGUGAACUGCAAGAUUUAUUGCUUCAGUAACCUCGGGCCAUCCUAGUUCAGAAAAAGUGCCUGGAGUCUUGCUUUGCUAACCAAAGGAAAGUCAGUGUCUCUAGAUAUGUAAUUAGGUUACCUUGGAAAAAGCUCCUUCUGCAUGCUCGGAAAUGUUUGCCUCUGGUUAAUUCAGGUUUACCCUCCCUGUUUUUUUUCGCUGUAUAUCCAGUUACACCUAAACUCAGUUCAGCAGUUCUGUGAUAUUAUGGAUUAAAUAAUGAAGCAUUUCUUAAAUAUUUAAAUAAAGAUAAAACAAUAGUGGUGAUUAUAAAUUAAGUGGUUGUGAGUGCACAUACAAUUUAAAGAUUAUUUAUCAUUUCCUUAAUGUCUCAUAAUGAUGACCUGUGCUAGGGUUUAAAAGCAGCAGCACUUUAAUUGUCACUUCACUGAACCAUUUUCUGUCAUGAUAAUAAAUCAUCAAUCAAACUGAGAUGACUGAAGCAUUAUGUUAUUUACUUGUUUUGUUUUCAUUUCAUUUGUAUUGUACACUAAUUAUAUAGUCCUGGAGUAAAUUCAGUGCCCCAUGUUUUUAUUUGAACCUUCAGGCCCCUUGGUUAGGGUUGUGCAAAGGUAUCCUAGCUAGGAAAGCCGAAGGAACUGUUUGACAUUAUUGUAAAGCCUCUAAUUGUUGAACUUUUUUUUUUGUUUGUUUUUUGUUUUUAAGUUGUAUACCUGACUGUCAUAACUUAGAUUAUAAUGUGGUAAACUUCAGAGUGUUCUGGGUUCAAUACAAGUUAAGCUCAAUAAACAGCAUUUGUUGCAUAAUGUUGAUUACCCCAAAAAUUGGUUUAGACACGUCUCUCCUUUUCUUGGAAAAACAAAAACUGGGUUACAGUGAGGCACUUACAGAGGAAGUGAAUGGGGCCAAUCCGUAAACGUUAAAAUACUCACUGUUUCAAACGUUUAGCCACAGGAUGUAAACAAUAUGCGUGUGAGCAUCUUAGUUUGAUAAAAUCGCUUAAUAACCUUUUCUGUGUAAAGUUACAGCCAGUUUCACUACUGGAUAUUGGAUACUAUUUGAUUGUACUGUUUAAUUAUUCCUGCAAAAACAAUGAUUUAAACAAACUUCUUUGCAGCUUCAAUAAUUCAUGAGUUUUAACAGUAGAAUUAAUGUAAGUGCUUUAAAAUGAUAAGCUACACAUUUCUGCCUUGAAACCAACCGAAAAUUGUCCAGUGCCUUACUGUACCCCCCCCCCCCCCCACACACACACACACACACACACACACAGUAGCCUACUGUUCACACCAAAAUAAAAUAGAUUUUUUUUUUUUUUUUUUUUUUACAAUAUUAAUUAUUCCUGAUAUAUUUUUAACACUAUUGUUCCAAUCUCGCACUUUUACUCCUAAAACACAGUCAUUCCUCGAGUGAUUUACAAACUAUGUGAAACGGUUCAUCCGAAUAAUUUAAAAGAAUCUGUUCAAAAAUACGAUUCGUUCGCGAUUCGGACAUCAGGCUGAUAAACAAGUGCAUCUCAAGGAUGUUUCUGGGAAGUACCUGUAGGCGGAGUGUAUGUGGUGAAUACCAAGGUGUUGAGAAACUCUUAAGCAGCAGUAUGUGCUUCAAUUGCUAUUCUGCCACUGCAUGAUAACCAGGAGCACCUCCUGCUCCCUAUCAACAUUCAGCGCUUCUGUACAUUGAUAUUAGUGAUCGACUGGGAUUGGUUUGUGUGCAGACUGGGCAUCUGAAAUGGCAGCAGCUCUUUUGUAUUAGGCAUAAAGAUGAUGCCUUUUGUGCACUGCUCACAAUCGGCUGCAUAUAGACACCAUUCCCCAUAUGGCCACUACAGUUUCCAGUCCUUCAACCUCCCAGAAGAGAACGACGAGACAAUGGAUAAAAUCUUUACUGAGGACUCUAACUGUGACUCGGACACUGAUUCCCAACUCUGUCAUGCUGACACUUUUAUACCCGGGAAUAAGUCCGCCCACAGUUCACAGGCUGAUUUCACAGAUAUCUGCAGAGGCAGGAUCUGCAACACCAACUACAGACACACUCAGUCUAAUUACAGCCCUUACCAGCCCCCACUAGGUCUGCCCUCUGGCUUCAAUCCCCAGACACCCUUUCCCAGUCAGACUGAAGUAUGUCUGAGCACCCUGGAGCCACACAACGGGGAUUUACUCUGCUCAAGUUCAGUGGGCAGUAGCUCAGUGGAAUACCCAAGUGGCAGCCUGCCCUCUUGCUUGGUGUCUGGGAAUUACUGUAGUUACCCUGGUGAUUCGUGCUACUCUGGCUGUGACUCUGACUCUCCAGACAAACAUAGUCUGGGAGAGGCAAGUCUAGAACGGCCCCGUUCACUGCACUCUAUCCCUAAUCCAUUCGCCCCUCAUAGCUACUACAUGUCCCCUCACCCCUGCCCGACCCGAGGGCAGCCCUGCUGUAGUCACUUCCCUCUGGAUGUGUAUCAAGUUGAUCAGGGCUCUCAUCCCAGACCACAUUAUCACAUGCCCUUUUGGCCUUUAUGCCCUGAAAACAGCAGACAAUCAGCCUCAGAGUUCACUCAAAGAGGCCACACUUCUCCUUACCCUCGAGCUAAACUAACCCGAAGCACAGCCCCUCUGUCCCUGGAGCAGAGAAAGGUGUUUGUCACUUAUGAAGCAGACAGUGAAAAACAUGUCAAGGAGAUCAUCAAUUUUGUUGCGCUACUGAGACACAAUGGCUUCUACACUCACAUUGACAUGUUUGAGCAGCAGUUCAAGAGCAUAAGCAAGAUUGACUUCAUGGAGAGAUACAUCAGUGAGAAAGACUAUCUGAUCAUCAUCGUCAUUAGUCCGAAGUACCAUGAGAUUGUGACCAAUGCCUCAUUUUGCAUUGAAAAUGAUGAAACCCUCAAUACAGUCUACAUACACAAGCAGUUACAAAAUGAAUUCAUUCAGAAUGGGUCGAGGAAUUACAGAUUUAUCCCUAUCUUGUUUCCUGGCGCCAAGAAGUGUCACGUCCCUUCAUGGCUUCAGAGCACACAAAUCUUCACCUGGCCCAGGGAUCGGGAUGACAUCCUUCGUCGACUCAUGCGUGUUGAGAAGUUCAACCCUCCACCCAUUGGAGAGCUGCCGACCAUUGUCUCCAUCCCCAUUUAGUUAACAUAUAUCCAAUGAAAAAUUAAAGUUCCUUGUAAUGAGGUUUACUAUAUUGACAAAUGAUAUCUGACCCUUGAACAGGCCUGUGAUCCAUUUUUAAUAGAGCACGAAUACAUAGUAUGCACUUAAAUAUUUGCCCCGUUGUACUCAGAAUGAGCAUGUAAUGUGUUAAAAUCCUUAUAGCUAUUGCAUUUGGUGUUAUUUAAAUGUAACACUUAGAAUGAGUAAUUCAGGAUGAGUCCUGUCAUGUGGAAGUUCCGGAACUACAUAUUAAUCUAUCAAUUAAGAUAUGUUAAACAGAGCUGAGUGCCAUGAUUUUUGAAGCUCCAUUUCUUUGACUUUGUAUUAGACUGAAUGAAACGUUCUGUAAUAUACCUAAUACCUAUGUAAGAAAUAUUUCCCCAGACCAAGUACUUUCAGAGACUAUACCUUUUCAGCUCUUUUGCUCAUGGGCUAAAGCUGAAAUAGAUACAGGACAGAAUUUACAACUUAACCUGAAAUAACCACAUCUUCACAUACCACAAGACUCAGUUAAAACAGUCCUCUGAGGUUUCCACUUGACUCAAGGAAUGUGCCUGCCAAAACAUUUAACGUUCUGUGACAUUUUUCCUUCUGUCUUAGAUUGUAUUCAGUUAAUAUCUUUCCACAGUUCAUGCUUAUAAAAUAUGUCAGUGUCAUGUGGGGAUUUCUUGGUAAUUCAUGUUCUAAAAAAUUACAAUUAUGAUGGGUUUGAAUGUAUUUUUAUCAACAUGAACACUUUUAUUGAAAGAACUUGGCCUGUUUGCGAUACAACUUUUACUUCAGCAUUAUUUAAAAUGAUGCAUCAUGUCAAAAGGUUUGCUGACAUGUUAUAGAGAAGAGACCUUAGUCAGAGUAGAUGGUUCAAUGAUGUGAUGCUCUUUUUUUUUUUUUUUUAUCCAGGUCUAUUAAAUUAUUCAAAAAUACAUUAAAAAAAAAUACAGUUCACACAAAACAGUCACUUUAAUACACCUAUAAUGAGCAUGUUUUCAAUUUCUGAGUUCUAAUUUUUAUAUUUUUUCUGGUGCUUAAAUGUUGUGAUGUAACUGGCCAGAGACAGUAAAAAAAAGAGUCUCAUUAAAAGCUGAAAUUCUUGAAAAAACGUAUAUUUAUAAAAAGCAAUCAAACAACUUUGUUUUAAAAUAUGAUUGAUAUUUGAAAAAACUUUUGUCAACCAAAUCAAAGUCAUGUGUAAUGACCAACAUCGGUAGCAAUUUUGUUGUCAUGUGACAAAAAUCAUAAAACAGAGAAGACCCCUUCAGACCCUCAAGACUGAGUGUGAAGUUAAAAUAUAUACUGUAUGUAUAUAUGUGGUGUAUUACCCUGUUAAAACUUGAUAUUCUUGACUCAUGAUAUUCUUUUUCAUUUUUUACUUAAAACUGUUUACUUGAUGGUUACACCACAUGACAUUUUUAAAGUAGUUAAAUCAUUUUCUUGGUAGAAAAUUCUAUAAAUGUUUUUCAAAAAUGUAUUAAA